CGUCCAGCGAGAGGCUCUCCGACAGGCGCGGAGGACGAUUGGGAGGGACGCGGGCAGUGAGAGGCUUGUCAUGGGGAUCCGAGCUCCGAGGCGGCGCUGGUAGCAUCUGGCGGCUCCGAGGGGGACAGGAAGUGUCCACGCCCGGGACCCCGGCGCCAGCGCCGCCGGGGGGGAUCCCCGCUGCUCUCGUGCCGGGGAGGGAGGGGGAAAAGGAGGGCGCCCCGCUCUCGCCCCGCCCCUGGGCUCGUUACCGCGGGGGCGGAGAGCCAGGGCUUCUCCUGCGGGGAGCGGAGGUCGGGGGACUCGGCUGUGCCCUCUCGAGCGGCUGCCGGGGUCCCCGCGGCGCCGGGCCGCCGAGCAGAGGAGCCGCGGCGGCCGUGGCUGUUGCAUGCGUGGCUGCUGGAUGCGGAGGCGGCGGCGGCGGCGGCGGCGAGGAGCAGCGGCGGCGGCGGCAGGAUGUUAGGGCAGCAGCAGCAGCAGCAGCAACUCUACUCGUCGGCCGCGCUCCUGACCGGGGAGCGGAGCCGGCUCCUCACCUGCUACGUGCAGGACUACCUCGAGUGUGUGGAGUCGCUGCCCCACGACAUGCAGAGGAACGUGUCCGUGUUGCGAGAGCUGGACAACAAGUAUCAAGAAACAUUAAAGGAAAUUGAUGAUGUCUAUGAAAAAUACAAGAAAGAAGAUGAUUCAAACCAGAAGAAGCGCCUCCAGCAGCAUCUCCAGAGAGCAUUAAUCAAUAGUCAAGAACUGGGAGAUGAAAAAAUUCAGAUUGUCACACAGAUGCUCGAAUUGGUGGAAAAUCGGGCAAGGCAAAUGGAGCUACAUUCACAGUGUUUCCAAGAUCCUGCUGAAAGUGAGCGAGCCGCAGAUAAAGCAAAGAUGGAUUCCAGCCAACCAGAACGAUCUUCUAGAAGACCCCGCCGACAGCGAACCAGUGAGAGCCGUGAUCUGUGUCACAUGACGAAUGGCAUUGAAGACUGUGAUGAUCAGCCACCUAAAGAAAAGAAAUCCAAGUCGGCCAAGAAAAAGAAACGCUCCAAGGCCAAGCAGGAAAGGGAAGCCUCACCUGUUGAGUUUGCAAUCGAUCCCAAUGAACCUACAUAUUGUUUAUGUAACCAAGUGUCUUAUGGGGAAAUGAUCGGAUGUGACAAUGAACAGUGUCCAAUUGAGUGGUUUCACUUUUCAUGUGUUUCACUUACCUAUAAACCAAAGGGGAAAUGGUAUUGCCCCAAGUGCAGGGGAGAUAAUGAGAAAACAAUGGACAAAAGUACUGAAAAGACAAAGAAGGAGAGAAGAUCGAGGUAGUAAAGGCCAUCCACAUUUUAAAGGGUUAUCUGUCUUUUAUAUAAUUCUUUCAGAAUUUACUUUCAGAAAAUGUUUUAGGGUAAAUGCAUAAGACUAUGCAAUAAUUUUUAAUCAUUAGUAUUAAUGGUGUAUUAAAAGUUGUUGUACUUUGUCUGUGACCUUAAUUUUCUGCACUGAAUUACCAAAUAUUUUAAACCAGGUGGUCUUCAGAUCACCUGACCAAAGGAGUAGGGAGUAGGGAAGGGUGGCGUGAGCAUGAUAAAAACUUCACAAACCAUGCCCAUUUUGUUUUUACUGAAACCGCAAUGCUACUUUUGGGGUAAACACUGAAGUUUUACUAUCAUUUUAGUUCUGUGUGCUUAAAAAUUAUGAGAUAUAGUUGGAGUUCUCUGUAAGCAUUCAAAUUAUCUUGAGUAAUUUAAAAUAUGAACACUAUACCAUUCAGA